GUCUUGAGUCUUGAUUAUGCUAGGCAAAUGCUAUACCACUGAACUACUGCAGCCAAAGGAUUGCUGCAACUUCCUGUGUCCUGACACCAAAGUCCUGAUCCAGAGUAUGUUUAUGAUAAUCACCCUAGCAGGCUAAACCAUCUUACUUUAGGACUUUUAUAUCCUGCGAGCUGCAUGGGAAGGACUCUGGAACGCCUCCAAGCCACAAAAUGAAGACAGUGACCUUUGAGGAUGUGGCUGUUAACUUCACUGUGGAGGAGUGGGCUUUGCUGCUUCCAUCCCAGAGGAAGCUCUACAGAGAUGUGAUGUGGGAAACCUUUACGAAUAUGACUGCUAUAGAAAGAAACUGGGAUGACCGGCAAAAUGAAAAUGAGUUCAAAUGUUGGAGGAGAACUUUGAGAAGUACAGAAGUAGAGAAAUGCUGUCAAUUUAAAUUAUGGCUUAAACAUAGAGUCGUAUUUUUUUGUACUCCAGAUCCUAAUGUGAACAAGAAGCCACUUGGUAGUAAGCCAGCUGAAAAUCUUGCUUGUAGCCAGGCCCUGAUUGGUGAUCCAUCACUUAAUAGGCCCAUCAUAGCUCACACUUCACUCAAGUCAUCUGGGUAUCUGGGAUUUGAAGAGAAGCUUUCUAUAUGUAAAGAACGUGGGAAAACCUGCAGUCAUCUCCAGUCCUUUCAGAAGCACACAAGUACAAACCCUGGAGGGAAACUCUAUGAACAACUUGGGAAAGCCUACCCUGAUUGCAGUAAAGGCACUCACAUAGCAGACACACCCCUUGUAUGUAAGCAACAUGUAAAAGCCUUCAAUAAACACGGUUCUGUUCAAAUCCAUGAAAAAAAUCAGUGCAUUGAAUUCCUGUGUAGACACACCAUGUGGAAAAGCUUUUAAUUCUCAACCCUACAUUCAGAUACAUGAAGGUACUCACAGUGGAGGAAAACCUUUUAAAUGUGUACAAUGUGGCAAACCCUUUACCAAUACCACUUCGUUUUGUAGACAUCAAAGAACUCACAUUGAGGAGAAACACUAUGUAUGUAAGCAAUGUGGGAAAGCCUUCAGUACAAACCAUUCACUUCAUAGACAUAAGAGAAUUCACACUGUAGAGAAACCCUAUGUAUGUAAGCAAUGUGGAAAAGCUUUCAGCAGACGGGCUGAUUGUCAAAUGCAUGAAAGAACUCACAGUGGUGAGAAACCCUAUGUGUGUAAGCAAUGUGGGAAAGCUUUUAGCACACAAUUUAAUUGUCAAAUGCAUGAAAGAAUUCACACUGGGGAGAAACCCUAUGUAUGUAAGCAAUGUGGGAA